AUUGGCCUGUUGGGGGAAAUCGGAAAAAUAGAUUCAUAAAUUAAAAACAAAGCAUGAGCUGCUGUUCUGCCAGAUACGUGUGCUAUAACCCAUAUUUGCUCUCUUGCGUGAAAAUGCAUUUAUUUCCCGUAGAAUGGUUUGUUUGUUGCUAAAGUGUAAUGCUGUAAUAUGCGGGUUUUAACAUUUUUUUUUAAUUUUUUAUUUUUGGGGGGUUUUUGAAAGGCAGUUUGGUUGUGUGAUGUUGCGUUUUAGUGAGAUGAGCGUUUGAUGAAUUAAAGUUAGAAACCAAAGUCAGAGAGAAACAGGCCAUUAUUGGACCCGGCCUGCUCCACUCCUGCCCGUGUACGGCAGCCUGCGUUAGUCAACAGCUGCGUGCAUUUUAAUUGACAGCAUGAGGCUACCUCAAUGAGCAGAGCCUAUUUGUGCCGACGAGUCUAUUCGCGUUUUUCAAGAGAACCCGGGAGCCCCGUCGUCCCUGCGGCGGGACAGUCGACCGCUUGCGCCCCAGCCGUCGGCGGGCCGAUCCAAACCAUGCAAGGGCUGCUGUCCUCGAUCUCAAUCAGGAGCUGACUUUAUAAUCUCCAUCGCUGUGGCGCAAAAUGGAUGCUGCUUGGAGCACUUUUCUCUUCCAGAAUACUCCCACCCAAAACCAAGUGGAGGGGGGCCUCCAAUCAGAGCUCAUGCCAGUGCAUACGAGUUCUCCCCAAACCCCACCCACAGAGCACAUAACACAGCCUCCUUCAACUGUGGACACGGCCGCUCUCAGUGAGGAACCCCUACCCGUGAAGCCAGUGUCUCGGCCGACCCGCGUGCCCCACAUCUGUGCCAUCUGCAACAAGCAGUUCAAGAACAACUACAACCUGCGGCGGCACCAGUCGGUCCACACUGGGGUACGCAUGAAGGACAGGGCCAGAGAGCAGGCGGAGGGGGCAAAGGAGGGAGCAGCCGGCCAGGCGGCGGUGGCGGCCCCGUCGGCGAUGGCGGUGGGGGCUGGAGGGAGGGCGGAGAGGCCCACUCUUCCCCUCUCCCUACUGCACCUCUCCGCGCCUCCCCCUCUCGCCCCUCCCGGCGUGCUGGUGGGUGCACAGCAGCCUCCCCUGGGUAGUCAGGAUGGUGAAGGGGUUGCCAUGCCAAACGUAAUGGCUAGUGUUAACCCCCAUGCUCCACCUCCUGCUGCUGUCGUCAUGGCCACAGGGGCGACAGUACAGCGGCCCACAAAUCCCAACCCAAACCCGGUGAGGAAGAACCACGCCUGCGAGACUUGCGGGAAGGCCUUCCGCGACGUCUACCAUCUCAACCGCCAUCGCCUGUCCCACUCAGACGAGAAGCCCUUCUCCUGUCCCAUCUGCCAGCAGCGCUUCAAGAGGAAGGACCGCAUGAGCCACCACGUGCGCUCCCACCAGGGGGGUGUGGAAAAACCCUACGUAUGCCCCCACUGUGGCAAGGCUUUCUCCAGGCCCGACCAUCUCAACAGUCACGUCAGACAGGUGCACUCCUCAGAGCGACCCUUCAAAUGUCCGACCUGUGAGUCCAGCUUUGCCACGAAGGAUCGCUUGCGUGCGCAUAUGAUUCGCCAUGAGGAGAAGGUCCCCUGCCACAUCUGUGGGAAGCUCCUGUCUGCUGCUUACAUCACAGAUCACAUGAGGGUGCACAACCAGUCGCAGCACCACGCAUGCCAUCUCUGCAACCGCAGCUUCACCACACUGACAUACCUUCGUGUCCAUGCCCAGAAGCACCAUGGCCAGGAGUGGAAGGACAGUCCAGGGGGCUUUGGCGGCACCGCCUCUGGUGGCGUACUCGUCUGCCACUUGUGUGGCGUCCACUGCAAGACACCCACCCAACUCCAGGGCCACAUGGGCACCCACAGCAACAGCCAGGGUGCCCCGAGCCCCAUCACCUCUAAUGUGGCUGCCAGCAGCUCUGUCUCCCUCAGCAACAUGGUGACAGCACCCACUGUGUAUGUCACUGGUAACACGGUGGUGGACCUGCUUGUCACAGACUGCUCUAGUAUUGCAGCACCACAGCCCCACAGUUAGCAAUAUGGAGCUCAGCAAUAAUAACCUCAGUCCCUUAGCAGAGAGCAAGGUUAGAGAAGGUUGAAGUUACUCGUAGAUGCUGAUCCGGUUUCAGUUUUGCCAUAUCCCGACUUAUAGGUAAGGUUAGGAUUAAGGGUUGGGGAGAUUAACACCAGUCAGCGCUCAAGGGCAGUUUCACCUCAGAGCCGCAGAGCUGGAGCAUCGGAGAAAAGGAGAGAAAGGAAGAGCUGUAUCGAUAGAGCAAUGAAAUCAUGGAACGAGGGACCUUUUGUGGCUUCCGCAAGUUCAGUGACACUAAUGACAAACUGAUGUGUCGUCCAAAUAUUCCCGAAUGCUCUUGUGCAUUUAAGACUCCAAUGAAACUGUGGUAUUGUGAGCAUCUACUGUAUUAUCCUCCCCUCUCUGCCAUCUCUCUCUCUCUCUCUCUCUCUCUCUCUCUCUCUCUCUCUCUCCUCAACCCUGGCAUUGGCUGCUCUCUGCAAGUGCACCAAGUACUGUAUAUCUCACACCAGCUCUGAUCUUACCUCCAUUUUGCAGCUCACUUAUUGAGAAUCCAAAUGGCUUGCGUUAAAAAGAAGUAGUAGGGUGAGAGUAGUUCUAAGAAAACAUAACGAAGAAACACGUUAGAAGGGAAGCUGUGUGUUUGGGUGUGUAUAAGUCAGGGCGCCUCUAGCAUGCUAGCGCGUUUGUCUACAAAACUAAAAUCAACAUUUGAUUUGAAGCCGUAAUGUUACUUUAUUAAGUUUCUAGAAGGCUGUUUCUAGAUCAGGACAGAAGACCAUACCUGUUGUGGUCAGUGUGUAACUGUAUUGUGGGAUGUACUUGUUGAUUUGUUUCCUAAAAGUACAGAGAUAAGAAUAGAGUUGUGUUCAGGAGUGUCAAGCACCUUAAAUUGUUAUUGUUUGAUUCAGUGAGGAUCAAAAUGGGUUUGAGAUUUCUUGGAUUUUCUUGCUCUGAGUCUUCCUCUCUGGGUCAGGCCAUUUAAAAAAACAAAAAACAAAAAAAAAAACCCCAAAAAAACAUAACUGCUAAUCAACACUUCAGCUUCUGACAUGGCGAUUCUUGCACCUGAGAACUACCUUUUGCAUGAAAACAAGCUAGCUCAGUCAUGCUUAUUGUUAGGGAGCUGUCAUGACAAAAGAAACUUUUAGCAGUUCCACCAAGUUAGUUGGCUGUAAACAAUAAUAUUUAUAAAGGUGUUGAUUUUAUUCAGAAAAUUUUAACAUUGUUGGCCAUUCAUCUGAUUGUAACUGUCAUUGCCAUAGUCCUUUGUUUUCUCUAUGUACCAGUCCAAUGAGUGAAACUUAUGCAUUAGAUUUAGUCAUUUAACUCUCUGUAUAGCACAUAAUGUUCUAAACACAAGUCAUUAUCGUUCCACAUUAAUCAUGUGAAGAAUGGUCACUUGUCCAUUGGAUAUUUUUGGUUGCUUUGAGUUAUAUUGUGAGUGAUGUGUGGUGUCGAGAAAGGGCUUAUAAAGUCACAAGUCAGACAAAGAAGUACAAUGGGAGUUUGACAACACCGCUCGGUGUGCUGAAAAGAAAUCCUGGUUUUGUACUGGAGUGCUUUUUCAGUUUUGUGUUACUAUGUUACCCUGAAAUUUGUAGAGUUGUUUCUUUCUUUCUUCUUCCUUUUUCUUUUCUUCCUUUGGAAACGUGUUCUUCCUGUUGAGAAAAGUAGUGAUUUAAUAAAAAGUUAAUUUUAGGUUUUCUCCAUAACACUAAGAAAAAAAUAAUACCUCUACUCUAGGAUUCUGUACAGCUCUUGUGAUACAUCUUAAUGCCUUAUCGUACUCAACUGCAUUUUAAUUCUUUUAUGAUGAAAUAUUUCAAAUCUUAGUCAUGGAUUCAUUAAGAAUAUUAAUGGGAUGUAUUUAUAUUUAUAUUUUUAUAUUUCUCAACAGUAUGCAUGUCUAAAAGGUUGUUAGAGCAAAAAAAAAAAAAUCAAUGAUGCUUACUACAGUCAUAAAUAUUAUGUUAUUUUGUAGAUGAAGUAGAGAUCAUGUUAUUAUUUUGUAAUUUGGACAAUUUAAAGUAAAAAGGGUAAACAGGCAUUGUUUUGUGUGCUGAUCUGUUCACCUAGAUGAUCACUUUCACACCACAGCGUCUUCAUUGACAUGACUCUCAGACAGUCGUUCAUUCUGGAUGUAGUGUUGUCCAGCCAGAUGUUUGACCUGCAUGUUAUGAUUCUGUUGAUCUGUUAACACAGCCAUUUUUGUCUUGUUAACCGUCAUUGGUGACACUUUAUAAGAAGAGUACUAAACUCAUGCUUAACUAAUGCAUAACUCAUGAUGAUUUCAUGCAGGAUGUAUCGUGAAUUCCUGUCGCUCACCACUGAGAAAUGAUCAAGUCAUUAUGAGUGCAUGUGAUUAGUUAAAAUAGGUUAUCAAUUAAUGAACGUUAACCCACAAUAACUUCAUCAAUGUAAAUGGCAACAAAUUAGCUGGCAUCCAGUUACAUAGAAAAGGGAAUUUCAGUUCUCUCUGAAAGCAGAACAAUACUUAGUCUCAUAAAAAUAUGAAGCUGCUCAUAUUUAACUGAUAAUCAAAAGCAAAUAUAAGUUGCAGCAUGACCCAGAAACAAUCCCUAGUAGUAGUAGUGACAAGUUGUACUCGGAAUCCUGACACGCUAUUAAUACCCACUUUUUAUCUCUCCCUUCAUUACACCAUAAACUGUUGACGUAUGCUUAGACAUGUCUGUCCCUUCUACCCCGACUGGUCAAGUGGCACCUGCAAGAUUUUUUUGGUUUAAGUGCACGAUUCUCUUUUGUGGUGCACUCCGCUUCUACAAAAAAAGAAAGGGAAAAAAAAAAAAAGUAAUAAUAAAUUAUAAGAAUGAAAAUAAAUAAAACUCAUGUGCCACACCCUAGCUUGUAAAUUUGAGCAACAUGUCGAUAUUUGCAGUUUGAUUUAAAAAAAGAAAAAGAAAAACAACUUCAUAUUUCUAUAAGAAUGAGAUAUUCCAGGAAAAUUUGGUGGCAAAGGCUAAAAAAAAUAUUGUAUGAUGUGACUGUGAGUUAUCAUUCAUUAAUUGUUGUGAACAUAAGUGACAUGAUCAUUUCUUAAUGGCGAGCAACAAAAAUUCAUGACACAUCGUACAUGUAAUUGGUCCACAUGACCAGUACACGUCUUACCCUGUUAUCUCUUUCAGUGGAAUGCGGUGUGCCAUCAGGACCAACCAGAUAAUAGAUGAAAGGCGAAUUUAUCCAUACACACAUUAACUGUGAUAAAUUUAGCACAGCUACAGCACAAGACGUUACUAACAGGCCUCCGAACAAUCUUUAAAAUAAUCAAUGGUAACCACAAGGUUUUGGUAUCCACCGGUAACAGGCUUUUUUCUGUCAGCCCCUGCACACUGUCAACACAUUUGUUAAAUUUAUUGAAUAAUCAUGUUUGGUCAAGAAAUGCCUGAUAAAUGUACUGCAGCUUGACCGAAACCUAGUGAUUCAAUGAAUUUACCACAAGUUACUUUGAGUCAUUGUGCUGUCUGAAUACAAGUGUGCAAAAAGCACUUUCCCUUUUUCCCUUUUUUUCAAACACAGCUUUUUGCUCCAUUGUUUAAAAAUCAUACAAAGAGAACCCCAUUCAUGCAAUAGACUGCAAAGUAAUGCAGCAGAAAACCAUGUUAUGUGUAUGGUAAAAGGCACAACUCUCUCACUGUUCCUUGACUUGACAAAAUGUACAUCUUCUUCUUAUUGUGUUAUCACCGCCAGCAUCACUGUAAAGCUGAGAACAACAGGUGCAGACCUGUGAAAGUAUUUCUGGGAAAUAUGAGAAAACACUAACUUAGGUUAAUUUUAUGAGACAAUUUUAAAUAAAGUAGAUACACCAAAAAAGUUCAUUUAAAGUCUUAAACACAAAAUAACUCAUGGAAUGUACUUAAUAAUAAUUGAAUUAAUUUAUGAAGCUGGACUGUUUCUUGGUAUUUUCGAGACAAAUGUCAGUUAUAGAAAAACUCUUGUCGUGGUCUUGUAAUUUAUACUUCUGUCAUACUGAAGUCUUGUUUGACCUCUGUACUGUACUUAAGUGAAUUUUA